GUAAACAAGCGUGACGCGUGUUCAAGCUAAAAAUGUCUGUCACCAGCGACGGGGAGGGUCGCACCGACUCCCAAGGGGAACCGAGGACCAAAGAAGAUGCCGCCUGUGGGUGGGGAUUCAUUACCCCGGCCCUCUGUCAGCGAUUCCGUACCUCGCGAUGGCUGUUGUUUGUGUUGUGCUGUGCAUGCUUCGUCCAGAAUAUGGCCAUUAGUGGAUUUGUGAACGUGAUCAUAUCCUCCAUUGAGCGACGCUAUGAUCUGACGAGUGCUGAGUCCGGACUUGUCGCCAGUGCCUAUGAUAUCUCCUCCGCCAUUCUUAUACUUCCGGUCAGCUACUUCGGGGGUCUUGGUUCGAAACCCCGUUAUAUCAGUGUUGGGUUUCUACUUUUUGGGCUUUCCUGCAUCCUGUUUACUUUCCCUCACUACCUGUCUGGUUUGUACGAUUAUGGAACUGACAAUGGCGGACUGUGUUUACCCGGAAGUUCCGCUCCCUCAUCUUGUGACGGCCAAAUCAUUUCACUGUCAAAUUAUAAGUACAUGUUCUAUGUGACUAUGAUCCUGAUGGGGGCCGGAUGCACCCCCCUGUACACUCUGGUGCCAGCCUUCCUGGAAGAGAGUGUCUCAGUGCGAUCCGCCUCCUUGUACUUAGGUAUUUACUACGGUUGCAGUAUCUUGGGCCCAGCUCUGGGGUUCGUCGUGGGGGGCCUGUUGCUGAAUAUAUACGUUGAUUUCAACGUUGUGGAUAUGGACAGUGUGACCAUAGACUCGACAAGUUCACGCUUCGUUGGUGCGUGGUGGGUGGGCUUCCUUGUGUGUGGCGUUCUGUCUGUUAUCAUGAGUAUCCCCUUAGCCGGAUUUCCUGCAGCACUGCCAAGUUCAACGAAGUAUACUGCCGAACGACAUACGGAAGUGUACAAAAACAAGAAAGUAACACAAAACGAUGCUACCCGUACUGUUCGUCUCACUAAGAUCUGGAAGUCUCUGAAGACAUUGUUAACCAACCCUACGUACAUGUUUCUCAAUCUAGCCUCAGCGACAGACGGAAUAUUAUUGGUUGGCUUGUCCACAUUUAUGCCAAAGUUCACGGAGGCCCAGUUCGGAUUGCCCUCCUCCACCGCUGCCCUUUAUGUCGGUGCUGUUGUUGUUCCCGGAGGAGCGGGUGGCACUCUUCUUGGAGGAUACUUAAUCAAGAGGUUUGACCUGCGUAUAAAGAAGAUACUUCAGAUUUGCAUGGCCCUUAUCAUUGGCAGCCUCGUUUUCGGUCUCGUAUUCAUCAUGAGCUGUCCUAGCAUUUCGUUCGCUGGUGUCAAUAUUCUUUACGGAAGCACGGAUAUAAAAAGCACAUCGUUCCUUGGAAGUUUUCAGACCGACACCUGUCAUGCUAACUGUGGGUGUAGUCAGUCCGAGUUCAGCCCCGUAUGUGGCCAGGACGGAGUGACUUACUACUCACCUUGCUAUGCUGGUUGUCAAAGAAUGGUCAUGGUCGGCUCAGAUAUGCAAUACUUCAACUGUACUUGCGUUGGAAACAACAUGACAGAAUACGACGCCGUGCUUCACAAGUGUGAAUCCGACUGUAACCUCCCAUUGUUUAUGGUUGUAUUCUUCGGCAUUGUGCUGCUAACAUUUGUCAGCUCCAUUCCUUAUCUAACCGCCACCAUCAGAUGUGUACCUCCAGACGAGCGGGCAUUCGCGAUUGGGAUCCAGCUUUCUUUCACAAAAUUUCUCGGGUAUAUUCCUGGACCGAUCCUCUUCGGCUGGCUGAUCGAUCUCUCUUGUUUAGUAUGGAACUCAAAAUGUGGUGUUGACGGUUCGUGUUUCUUCUACGACAAUAAACAGAUGAGUAAUAAUAUAUUAGCGAUUAUCUUGGCUGGUAAGGCGGUAACUACGUUAUGGACUGUGUUCGCGUACCUGUGUUAUAUCCGGGGACCCAAAAAUGAAAAGAAAGAACACCAAUGCAAUGAUCAGCAUGGAAGUCAGUUCUCCUCGCAGGAAACCUUCAUCUCUGUAAUAUCGAACCAGUGCGUGUCAACAGCACAACCAAGUUCUGCGACAGAUCUACAAAAUGAACAAGAUUCUUAUGAACCAACAAAAUCCGAACCAAAUGGUAUGGAAUCUUCUAAACGGGAAUCCUUACCUACAGAACAAACAAGUACAGAGUCGCCCAAGAAAGAACUAUCGCCUACAAGAUCGAUAACCACUGAACUUUAAUACAACGGUUAAAAGACAAAUUAAAUAUUGCCAGAGGGUACAGUGGAUGAAAUUUCAACAUUUGGUAAAACUAUCCGGAAUUUUGUUCCAUGUCUUAUAUCUGAUGUUGGUUUUGUAUCUAAAUCAGACAGUUGUUUUAACCUCGCUGCGCCAGUCUAUCAAUGUGGAAAAAUGCGUUAAUCUGACACAAGAUCUCAUUUAAAGAAAGGGUAAUCUGUCUCUUUUUUACCCUUUCGAAUGCCAUGAUACUUCUCUUGAGUGGGCAAACGGAUAACAAGCUACAUAUACCGGUGAUAACAAAAUACUUUUACCACCUUAAUUGCACUUGCAGGGCUAAAUAGGAGGGGAAUAACGUUUUUUGUCCUCCAACACCUACACAGUCUGUUUGCUUGAAAUCCGAGAAUAUAAAUUAAUUAUAACUUAUAUAUGACUCUAGGAGGACUAGAUCGUUGAAUUCUAUUUUAUGAAGGUUAAUAUCAAUACAGGUAUACAUGUUAAAUGUAAAAGUCGUAUCGUCUACAUAAGCAUUUAAAUACGUAGGUGUAUACUGUACUCUAAGGCUGAGGUAAUGUCACUUGUGCUAUCCUUUCGUGACAUCACAAAAUAUACAUCCACGUCCAUUAGUCGGAUCAAUUACUGUAAACUCCAUUUAAAUUCUGAUCAGAUCGAAUGAAGACUGGGUUAAUCAUAUAUGUACGUAAACGCUGCACACACGAACAAGUAAUGGCGUCACAUGAUUAGUUUCGUUCGCGGAAAACAUACAUAGCUCCGCUAAUAGUGAUGGACUAGGUGCAGAUGUAAAGAUUAUUUAAAUCAAUAUGUUUAUUUGUUUUCAAUGCACAUUUAUGUACAAUGUGAUGAAAAUGUUUGUUCUACAAUCUCAUUUAUCAUUGUUUGUGACCACAGAGAGAAGAUUCAGAGUUACAUAGGAAAACGUAUCCUAAACAGCGAUUUUAUACCAUUAAUGGUGGGUGUUUCAAGAUAAACAAUUAUUACUUUACAGUAUUUAUUAUUAUCCUGGGACGAUGUACAUAUAAAACAUUUUAUCAUGUUCAAAUUACAUUUUUGCAUUCAACAGAUACCCUUCUCUUAAACUCGCUUCAUGAUCAAAACAUUAGUUAGCUUUAAGUUUUAACAUCAGUUUGACCCAUCUGGACGCAAUUGAGCUAAUGUCAAAAAAGUAAGCGUGACCCAUUCACCUUUAGUAGUUUCUAAAUGAUAUGAGCAUUGUUGAAAGAAUCCCGUUGUUUACCGUAUUUGAAUCACUCUGGACAAUUAGCAAAAAACACUAUAAAGCCAAUCAACACUUAUAUCGAAAAUAAUUUUGACAGUGUAGCGAAAUUUAACUGUUUUUCACUGGAUUUCAAUGUAUAAGUUAAAUACAAUGACAUAAAUAUUGACUUCGUUUGUAUACCGUAACGUAUGUCAAUAAUAUCGUUUUGAUAGUGCAAUAUUAAUCAAUGGCCCUACAAUUGUAUUCAAGUUGGUUAUACUCACUGUAAAAGUAAGUGUCAUUUAUUAAAAAACUGAAAAACACACAGUACUAAAUCAACCCGUAAUAUCACGCUCUCUAUUCUCAAGUAUCUUCCUGGAUAGUUUAAAAACUCUGAUUCGUUUACCUCUCUCUUUGUGACGUUAUUUUGUUCCAUAUUAAAGCACAGAACUGCUUUCAGACGUCUGCAUUCAUAGACAAUAUCAAUCUCAACUGCACGAAGGUCAACUCAUUGCUUUUGUCCUUUUGGCAAUCACAUUGCAUAUGACUGCCAAAUUAAAGUAGUUCAGUACUUAUAUUUACCAUUGUUGAAAUAUGUUAGUCCCAUAUAACAUUCAAUUCACUUAGCAUUGUGCAGUUUAUAGAUCCAACAAGUGUAAGUAUAGUAUAUGCUUGUCACAAAUAGAACAGCCAUUUUUCAAGCCAUGAAGCAUCAACAAUCGUGCCAUGCCAUUAUAGCUGAUAUGAAUGCCAUUUGUACGCGGUAAAGUGUUGUUGCGACAAAGAUAUACAGUGGUAAAUGUAUAUAGACAUAUAUAGCAAGAUAUUGUUUUGUUGUAAGUAACCCUGCAAGGAUUCGGUGUAAUAGUUAAAAAAAAUAUGCAAUAGAAUUUAGAACAAAUGUAGCAUGGAAGAAUACAUUAUUAGCAUUAAUAAUUUGACCAAUGAUGUUAUGUUAUAUAAUGGCCACAGUUUGUUUAUGUUAGUUCAUAUAUGCAAUGUUAGAAUUAAAAAAAAUGUUACUUUAAAAGA